CUCUCCCGGCACGAGAACCCUCCCUCGACGCCCGCCCCAGCACCUCCCCACCAUGACCCCCACCCGGAACCGCGUCCACCCGACGGCGCCCGCGGACCACGAGCCCCUGCUGGACACCUGCGAGGACGAACUCGAGACCCGCAGCGUCGAGGUGUCCAACGAGAGUCUCAAGCUGCGGAAGGAGCUCGGGCUGGUCGACGGCGUGGGCAUCAUCGUGGGCAUUAUCAUCGGCUCGGGGAUCUUCGUGUCCUCAGGCGUGAUCAGGUUCAGCGGCAGUGUGGGCAUGUCCCUGGUGGUGUGGGUGUCGGGGGUGCUGUCCAUGGUGGGCGCCCUGUGCUACGCUGAACUAGGCACCAUGAUCCCAGGCGGGGACUACGCCUACAUCCACGAGGCCUUCGGAUCCCUCCCGGCCUUCCUGUUCAUGUGGAUGGCCCUCCUCAUCAUCCUGCCGACGUCCAACACCGUGAUGGCGCUCACCUUCGCCAAGUACAUCAUCAAGCCGGCUUUCCUGCUGUGCGACGGGAUCCCCGACGUCCCCGUCCGCCUGAUCGCCGCCGUGAUCGUGUGCUUCCUAACCUGGGUGAACUGCUCGAACGUGAAAUGGGCCACGAAAGUCCAAGGAGUUUUCACCGCAGCCAAAAUUAUGGCUCUCCUCAUCAUCAUAGUCGCGGGCAUCUAUCAGCUGUGCGAUGGGCACGUCGAGAACUACCAGGAUGCCUUUGAUGGCACCAACUGGAGCAUUACUUCCAUCUGUACAGCCUUCUACCAAGGGCUCUUCUCCUUUGCCGGCUGGAACUGCCUCAAUUUUGUCGUCGAGGAAUUAAAGGAUCCGUUUAAGACCCUCCCCCGGGCGAUCCUCAUCUCCAUGCCCAUUGUCAUAAUUUAUUUCCUCACCAAUAUGGCCUAUUUCGUGGUCCUCGAGCCUGAUGAGGUGCUGGCGUCCGAGGCUGUGGCGCUGUCCUUUGCCGGUCGAGCCCUUGGUGUGCUGAACUGGGUCAUGCCCAUCUUCGUCGCCCUCUCCACCUUCGGGAGUCUCAACGGCUGCAUCUUCGCCUGCUCUCGCCUCUUCUUCGUGGGAGCGAGGGAGGGGCACCUUCCUCAGGCCCUGGCGCUCAUUAACGUGCACACCAUCACCCCCGUUCCAGCCCUCGUGUUCUUGGGUUUUAUGACGCUAUGUAUGCUCGUGACUUCUGACACGUUGGUGCUGAUCAAUUAUGUGUCCUUCGCCGAGUCCUUGUUCGUCUUCCUGUCCAUCUCGGCCCUACUUUGGCUGCGCUACAAGGACCCGCAUCGCCAUAGGCCUAUAAAAGUAAGUCUCUUCAAAAA